CACGUUGUGAUGGCCAUCUGAAAUGGUGACCUCUGUGAUCCUGGCUAUGUGAGGGUCACAUAAAGAUAGAAGAAGACUAUAACAAAGGUGACCUAUAUUAGCAUUUAUAGUACCCAUCACAAUGUGUGGUUUUACUGUAACUGCACUGGAAUGAAUUCAUACUUAAAUACAAUUGUUUUCCAGACUUUGCUCGUCUUCUGUACAUGCAGAGAAAUGUACACCGUCGCCCCCUGUCGUCACAUAUUCUGAUGGGUGACAGAUUUUGGUGUAACGGCUUCAAUCAGCACAGCGAUGGCGGUUGGAAGAGGUGAGUUUUUUCGGAGUUUUAUGAAGGGUCUAGAGAGAGUGCCUGCUCAAACCGCUCCGACGUGGCGACAGCCGGAUUGCGGCAGAGGAAAGCCGGGUGUAGGUAAAAGAUUUGCUAGUCUCAAAAGAGAAAAAUAUGGAGAAGGUUGGACGACGACGCGACCAAAGACAAAAUGGGGCCCGGCUCUACUGACUAAGCCCAGUUUAUCCCCCAGCUACCCAGGACCAAAAACAGACUUUUCCAGAAUAAAUUCCAAAGAAAACUUCAUGGAAAGGCUUCCGUCUGAGGUUCUGAUCAAGAUUCUGUCGUACCUGGACGUCUCCUCGCUCUUCUGCAUCGGCCAUGUCAGCAGACUCUUCCGCCAGCUCGCCAACGACGACAUCUUGUGGCAGAAGAUUUAUUUGUCCGAGUUUGGGGGGUGGAAGCCAAAGUCGGUGAACGAUGUGGUGGUGAUGGAUGACCCGCGGGAGGUGGAGAAACAGUCAACGGGUCGCUGGAAGAUGAUGUACCUUAGAAACAUGGCUGAACAUGGCACGAAGAUGUGGAGGAAAUAUCUGAGGGACAUCAGCCCGUACACCGCCCUGCCCAGGCAGACGGAGAGGGUCCUCAGGAACCUGAAUGUGAGCUGGGAGCUGACACUUUGCAACAACUGGGGCCAGAGGAGCACGUUGGAGCAGAGCCGUGUGUAUUUCUUUGAGUCCUCUGUGAUCGUCCGCUGGAACGGAGGCAGCUUCCUCAAAUACCAUCACAUCAGCAGCAUCCAGCUGUACGGAGUCAGGAAGGAGGCGCCGAAGAGCCCCGAAGCCAGGAAGCCCCGCUGGCGCUCUCUGAUGUUAAAGGUCGACACAAAGACUUGCCCACAAAGCUUCAUCGGUAACGACGGGCUGAUUAAAGCAUUCCUUCUGCCACCGGGCGUCAUCAUUGGCAUCUGGAGGGGUCAGAACAGCGUGGCCUUCAUCAUGGUCAGUCUGCACUUCCACAGGUUGGUGGAGAAAAGUGUGCUGGGAUCUCCGACCUGCCCGUACGCUGAGCCCGUGGACCUCCUCCCUGCGGGUGACUCGGACCCUGAGUUGGGUCUUCACGGCUACUCUUUGCACUUCGUCCUGCACAACACCAGCACUGAAAUCAUGUCGAGAUACUUUGGCCAGCUGUCCAGCCGCAUAGUUCAGAUCGAGCGCAGACUUGUGGAGCUGAGGGUCAUCAACCGGACCAACUUGUCGCAGCACAGGUCGCUCUCUGGAAGCAUCAAGCUGCCCUGGAAGAGCGAGGAUCUGGAAGGCGCCAUAGAGAACUGCUGCAUCAUGACUCUGACUCUGCUGGACGAGUUCCAGAAACCCUUCUGGUGCGUCAGCUCGCCCGUUUGCAUCACCAUGACAAAGAAGGUGCUGUCCAGGGACUACAAGGGCGAUCACUUUCUGAUGGAGUACCAGAAUCCCGACGGUGAGGUGAAGAUGAUGCUGGUCUGGCUGAAGGAACAGAAGCAGUUCUUCCUCUUCAGCCUCACCGUCUACGUGACUGUUGCUAACGUCAACAAGCGUUUCAGCAGAGAAUACUGAACCCAGACUGCGUCCAGUUUCAAGUUUCUGGUGUUUCCAGUGGAAUCAGAUGUUCAGGAUCUCUGCAGGUUCAGCAAAUUCAGGCUGGUUGAGAACAGAAGAUGUAAAAGUCUCAUGUUAACAAAGCCUAAAGUGUUUGAGGAGUUUUGACUUUGCUAAAAAGACUGAUUUAGUCUUCUGUUGUGUUUAUGACACUGAAAUUGUUGAUCUUUUUGUUAAAGUAAAAAAAUGUACAUGGGAAAAGAAAAGAAAAAUGAUGAAGCAUGAAUAAUGAUGCUAUUUUGGAUUUGUGUAUUUACUGAGUAUUAAUUUCAAUAAACUGUUUAAUUCUGUUACAAAUACAUGA